AUGAAAGAAAUAUAAAUACAAUGUUAACAAAGGUACAAAGAUCGACAAUUAUUUGAUUAGUUAUGAAAUCUAACAACCAUUAGCGUUUACCUUUGAUGAAUUAUCAAAAGUCCUGUAUGUUAUUGAUAAGGAAUCCAAUAUCAUCAAAUAUGAAUACAAUAAUAAAUAACUAAGCGUAUUUCAUGUAAUUAAAAUUAGAUUUAAACUACUUACAAAGUGGGUGCUCAAAUUUAGAAUAACUCUAAAAUCUUGUCCUUCCAAUAUUUGAUGGAAAAUGAUCAAUUAAUAAUAGUUUAUAGAGAUGGAGCUAUAGUCAAAGUGUAUAAGGAGGAAGCAGAAGUGGUUGGAUAGUUUGAGUGUGGAGUAUUGGGAGCAGCUUGGAAUCCCAAUCAAGAAUAACUGGUGGUUGUUUGUGGAGAUGGAAAAUUGGUUAGUUUUGAUGUGCAAUUAGAACCAACAAAGGAAAUCAACAUAGAGGGAAUUCUUGAUCAAUUGGUCGCGAUCUCUUUUAAAAAUGAUGGAAAAGUAUUAACUUUGAUAAAUAUGAAUUAGUUUUUUUCGUUAAACUACGCUAUUCAAGAUGGUAGAGUAUGCGAGACUUAUGAUGUAUAAUUGGAGAGAUUCAGAAGUCCAAGUAAGUCUGACCCUGAAGGAGGUUUGGUGUAGGCGAUCUUUGAAAAGCCUAGGAAUCUUGUAAAUACAGUUUCAUGGUAACCUAAUAGUUAAUUCAUUGCUGGUAUUCAAGAUAAAUAAGUGAUAUUUUGGGAGAAGAAUGGUUUGAGACAUUUGGAAUUCAACAUUUUUGAGGAUUCUACAAAUAUCAAAUGGAGUCCAGAUGGAAUCAUUUUGGCAAUUUAACAAGGCGACAAAAUAACAGUUCAUUUAAGAUAAAAUUAUAAAUGGUAUUCAAAAAGAGCAUUUAAAUUUGAGAAGCUAAUUGAUUAUACAUUUAUUGAGAAUAAUACCUUAGUGGUAUUUAAUGAAAACAGCAUGAAUAUCUUUUGGCUCAAUUAUCAUUUUAACAACACCUCAAUUGGCUUAUCUACCGAUUAUGAUACCCUAUUAGUGAGUGAUUAUAAGAAGGGAGUCAUUCCACCACCUUUAUGUCAUUAUUAAUUAAAGGUGGAUAGUCAAAUAGACUUAGUGUAUUAUGACUAAUUUCUUUAUAUCUACUCAUAUGAUGGAACCCUGAGUAUCUUUGAUAAUGUUAAUCUGUUGGGUAAAGUGAAGUUGGAUAUCGAUUGUGCUCAUAAAUUGAUUUGCUAUUCUGAUAAAUAAUAGGAUGUUAUUUUUUGUCAUGCCGUUUUUGUAGUGCACGAGGCAGAAAGUGAUAAAUUAGUUGAUGUUGUGAUUUCUCCAACUUUCGAUAUUAUAAAUAUAUGGAGAAAAGAAUUCUCUUAACCAACAUAGAUUUCAGCAUUAACCAAAAAGGGUCACUAGAUUAUAUUGCAUUCAAGAUUUGGAGAAAAGUUUAUAUAUGAUCAAUCAUAAGAGGAAAGCUUAAGUGAAUUUGAUCUUGCCAAUAAGGAAUUAAAUGUCUAUGAUGUCAAGAUCCAGCAGCAUAAUGAAUGGCUUGGUUGUUUGAAGUCUAAUAGUAGGUUAACGUUGAACAAUCACUUGGUCACGAAUGAGUGUACAUCAUUUGCAUUUUUUGAUCAUUUUCUAGCAUUUACUAUUAACACCGCUGAUCAAUUUCAUAAUUUAUAUAUACUAGAUCUUAACAAGCCAAUUUCAAUUGAUAAAAAAAGUUUGAAUAUUAGUAACAUAGAGAGAGGGGCCAAGAUCUUAGCUGUCGUUUCCUUGGAUAGACUUAUUGUUUAAAUUCCAAGAGGCAAUUUAGAAACAACAGCACCAAGAGUCAUGGCUCUGCAUCUCUGCAAACAACUAUAUGAUAAUAAGCAAUAUAAGACUUGCUUUGAAAUGAUCAGAAAGCAUAAAUUAGACAUGAAUUUGAUGUUUGAUUUCUCAGGAGAAUUAGAUGUCUAGAUCGUAGAACAACUAUCAGAACAAUAUCUACAACUCUUCAUCCAAUCUCUAAAUAAUGACAUAAGUUUCGAACUUCCCUACGUUUUGACAGCCGAACAGUACAAGCAUCAGAAGGUGUUAAUAGUGGAUAAAACCUUGGGAACAUCCAAAAUUAAUUAUGUCUGUUAAAAGUUGAUUGACAAUAUGAAGGAGUACUUUAAAUAUUUGAAUAUAGGGAAACUCACAUUCUCACCAUAGUGACAGCCAUGUUAAAAAAGGAGCCCAGCGAAGUAGAAGAUGCUCUAUUGAAGACUUUGAAACUGAGACAAUAAGAACAGCAUCAUGAAGAAGUGCCUCCCCAUUUGAAUCCUGACACACAUAAGCCCUACAAGUACAGCAUCAAUAAUAUAAUAGAAAGCAUCAUAAAAUUAAGUCUGAGCAAGUCUUGGAAUACAUAUGUUGGUUAGCAGAUGCCAAUAAGAUGUUUGAGGUAGCUUUAGGGACAUAUGAUUUCGAUUUGGUCAAAUAGGUUGCUUAAUUCACGUAGAAGGAUCCUAAAGAAUAUUUGCCGAUGUUGGAAAGAUACUCACAAAUAAAGGAUCCAAUCGACAUGAAAUCAACCAUCCAUAUUGAAUUAAAGAAUUAUGAUAAGGCUAUUAAAGUGUUAUCAGAGGGAAAUGAGGAAUAGAAAUAAAAAUCUAUUGAAUUAAUCAGAAAGCAAAACAGAUUUAGAAUAGCAUUGGAAGUGUAUAGAAAUGAUUAGGGGAUGAUGAAGAAAGUGAAGGAGGCUCUGGGAGACUACCUAAAUAAUUAAAAGCAAUAUCAUUAAGCAUCAUUGGCUUAUGAAAGUGCUGGAUUGUAUGAAAAGGCAGUUUAAGCAUCUUCUGAAAUAUUAGAUACUAAAAGAAUUAUAUCUUUUGAUCCAAAGGAGGAUUAUUUGUUAAACUACAAUUAGAUAUUAUUGGCAGCUGGAAGAUGGAAGGAUUGUGGAUAAGUUUAAGAGUAUUUGAAAAAUUAUGAAUAAGCUAUUCAUUAUUAUUGUAAAGCAGAAGAGUGGGAAUGUGUAGCCUAAUGUUUAAGACACAAAUGGAUAAAUAUUGAUGAUCAUCUAUAAUUGGCCUUCUCUUUGAAAGUGAAUCAUUUAUUGAAUUAACAACAUUUGUUCAUCUAAAAACUAGAGAGAUUAAGGAUAGUCUAAGAUCAGAAGAAAGAACAUGGUAUUUUGGCACCAUCCUAAGUCAAUGCUGAUUUCGAUCAGAUGAGUGAUGUAAGCGGGAAAUCAGGAAUGUCAAAGUCAUCUUACACAAUGUCUGUGACGACAGGAGUUAGAAAGAGAAAACCCAAGGAGAAAUCCUUUUUGAAUAGAAACAUCAAGGAAGGUUCCCCUGUUGAAGAGGAGUAUUUGAUAGAAUUCCUAAAGGACAUACAAGCGAAAAGUGCAGAUCUAAUAAGUAUAAAAUAUAACAUUAACAUAUAUAGAUUCGAUUAAAAAGUUUUAAAAUUAUUUGAUUUUCUUUAACCAACCAAAGCUGUCUCUAGAGAUGUCAACAAAAACAAAAGAAUAUUUGAAUACAAUUAGGCCUGAGAUUAAGAGUUUGUUAUAAUAACAAUUUGAAGAGUAGAAUCAACAAGCGAUUGAUUUGUAUCCAUACAAAUCUGUUGUGCCCAGCGAAUUCAACCAAGCUUUAGAUGAUUUAAUUAAAUGAUGAUAUUUAUU